UUGUGUCGUUUAGUUUAUGCGAAGUGUUACAUGAUUGUUCUAGUCUUUGUGCUUCCAAUUCCUUGAAGCUCGCCGAUUUGGUUACCGUCCCUUGACUCUACAUUUGCAGUUCCUGAGUUGCCGUGUCGCCAUUGUUAUUCUUUGGAUAGUCUCAUUUUCGUUCCAUUGGAUAGUGCAGUAAUUGGUGAAUGAGUCUUCUGCAGUUUACAUGUAUGUGCUGUUAGUAUUAUUGAGAUCAAUCACUCAUCUGAAGCAGUGGCGAGAUCAAUUCCAUUUCAGUGGCGACCACACCACCAGGCAGGCUGCGCCGACGACCUUCCUCAGGCAAGCUGGCCGGUGAAGCUGGCGCAUCGGCCACUGCCCGCCGCCAUGUCAGACUCAACGAUUUGUGUCGUCUGUGCUCGCGGCUGGUAUUCCUGACGGGCACUCUGGCCAGCCUCACGUGGGCUUUCUUCUUCUCCAGAACAAAAUCCAACAGGUACCGUAGGCCAGCUAUACUGGGUAUCUGCUUGGUGUUGAUUUUCAAGUUUCUGAUAUGGGACCACUGGCUGACGACAACCCAGCCGUCCGCUCACAAAGGUGUCACGUGCCUGCACAAGGCACUGGCCGGUUUCUCUGCCUCGUUGCAUCACGGAGAUGCAAACGUCUUCAUGCACGGCCAGUUUGGGCAGAAAGCAUACGCGCCGGUCAUCGGUAAUGGCUAUGUUGGUGUGUCGCUGGAUGACCCUGGAAUUUGGCUGCUACGUAACCAGACCUUUGACCAGUACCUUCCAUUUGCAUUCCUCGUCUCCGUUACCGUCAAUGGCCAAGACCUGACACCAGGAGCGACUGUCAUUGACUUCCGCGAAGGUGUUGCUCAUCGUAUCUAUGCGCCUCUUCAUGGACAGAGCACGGAGUGUUGGUGGGUACGUCAGAGUGUAUUUGUUCAGCGCUCUGCCCCAGACACUAUCGUACAGCAAGUCAGCGUGGCCAACAAAGCGAGUACGUUUUUGAAAGUUUCCUUGCACUCCGCUGAUUCUUUGCCCUGGCCGGGUUCGGAGAUCCAGACGAAAAGCUUCACCGAGAAGGACUACCGUACAGGUGACAGUGACAGCUAUGUGAUAGCGACAGCACGUUUGCACCAAUCAGAGGCAGACGCUGCACAACUCAAGGACCUGGAGCAUGUUGCCAUCACCAGUGUUCAACCUGCGCGCACUGAAGUCGUCAUUCAGCCGUCCGGAACGGCUGAACUGGCGGAGCUUGUCACCGUUGUUAUGAAGCAUGCAGCUAACGCCAAGGAGAUAGUUUACGCAACACACUCCCUGGCCAAGAAGGCGUCUACGCGUCUGAACAGCAUUGUAUUUAGGUCGAAGUCCGAUGUGUUGCUACGCAGCCACCGUAUGGCAUGGAGUGAGCUCUGGUCUAGCCAUAUCUCCAUCAUUGGCCUGGCGCAUCCUAACACGCCGGGCAACGAGGACAUCUCCGCCGCCAUGUACUACGUCCUGCUGAGCACCCCGUCGUUCCGGGCCAGCGACCAGUCGCACUUCCGUCACCGCGAUCACCUGCACCGCGAUCUCAACGACACCGAGCGCCUGCACUGCUUCAGCGGACCACCGACUAUGCACACAGCAGUUCUGUGGCUACCUCCCAGCUCUAUAACAGCUGUCAAUGAGCUGAUACAGAACUGGCGUACCACUCUCAUCAAGAACGGCUGCCGACACUUUGUAGAAGGAGGUGCCGAGCUGACGAGCCAAGCCAUCGUGUUAAGCUUCGCCACCGUGCGUCACGCCAGCCACCACCUGGAGCUGGCCUUGAACCCGGCCAACGUCAUGGCCGACACCGUGCUGCACAACGUCAAGUACGACCGGCACGCCAUCACCAUGGCAAUGCAUACGUCCUUCACCGGCGGCCUGACGCGCCUGGCCAUCUCGGCCAACGAUGGGCUGGCGUUUGUACCUGGUGCGUCCGUGUCAAGCCGGACGUUCUCCAAGUCGCCCGUGCUGUACGCAUGCCCCAGUCGCUGCGGGGGCUCUCCGCACGUGCUCAACUCGCACGAGACAGUUCUACCAGUCAUCGUCACCAACCCGCCCACACCGAUAUUGUAUAUCUCCACAGCGGAGCAGGACUUGUUACUUUUACGCCAGAACUUCGCACACAUUGAGCAGGCUCAUGUUGCAGUUCAUCGGCCGAUACCGUCGCUUCGUUACCUCAAGUAUCAGAAGGGUGUCGUCUGGCUCGGUCUUAUCCUCUUCAUCGUCGUCUUCCACAUCUUUGUCAUCGCUCUGCUCAUCGUUGAGUGCCGCGGCCAGAAAGACAUCGACGAAGACGACGGCAUGAGCAGCUUUCUCAGUCGUCGGCGACGACAGCUCAUCGGCGAGCGACUGAUCUCAGCAUAACCAAGGGGGUGCCGUUGUGCUGUUCUCGGCGUCGCCACGACAGCAGGUGUCUCUCCGUCUAUGCAGUGUGAUGGGUGCAAAAUGUGCAUUGCCGUGCCUCAAUGCUUAUUGUCUCCCCGUCUAUGCAGUGUGAUGGCUGAAAGACGUCCAUUGCCAUGCUUCACACCUGAGCAAACUCCAUGCUAUUGUCGCACCGUCCAUGGAGCAUCAGUGAGUGAAAGAUGUGCAUGCAUUGCCAUUCCUCGUCCCUGAGCAGACUCGAUGCUAUCGUCGCACCGGGUCGUUCCAGUCAUGCAUGCUCCUUCGUCUCAGCAGCAUUGUGCUCGGUCCACUGUGUAGGUCGUCGGUGCGAACGGCAUUGUCACCACCCUUCAAAUGGAUCAGCAGUGCAGCGCUACAAGUCAUCAUGACACCGCCGCCGUCCUUCUGCGUUCUACCCAGGCAAUGCAAAUCCUAGCAGUAGCGUCAGCGUCGGCGGCAUGCAUCGACCUCCAAUUCGACAGCCAGUUCGGUGCUGUCACUCGCAGCGUGCAGUCUCCCCGCUUCUCGGCAUCACGCUGGGCUUGGCUGUCGGUGUCCUCGACAGGAAUCCAUGCUAUCGAUAGUGACUUCUGGCCGGAAUCGUUCUCCUGUGCGUUGCGUUCCAAGCGGUCAAGCAGCCACCAGUCGUGACUAAGUCCGCUCACACAGCCACUCACGAUGGGCCCGGGCCAGAGAGCUGUCCAGCUCGGCAUGCAACAAUUCAACACCAUAGCUGUCACGGCUCUGCAAAGCGCUGGUCACCUCGCUCUCCUGUACAGCGUGCAGAUGCGUGACUGCGCAUCGCUGACGGAGGAGAUCAGGACCUCGUUAGCAGCCAUACAGAUGUUAACAUCAAAACUGAGCCCGUCGCUUGAUCUCCUGCGGAACAAUGCCUCGACUCAUUCUCUGUACGAGUCACUGUUGAGAACAGUCAUGCAAACAUUCCAAUCAAGGCAAAGACUUAGUUACAGUCCUGCCUCAGUAUCCUACUGCCUUCUCUGGUAGAAGCCACUGGGUCAUGUUUAUUUGUGCUAUAAUAUUAUUCUACCCUGCUGAAGAACGUGCUUUUUGCUCUUCCCAUGCCUCUUUAAUCCGCUGCAAUUGAGUCCCGCAGAUUUUUUCACAGACACAUUCCUCCGGUCUUCGGACGACAGCACGCGUCCAGUGGCAGAUAUCUGCCCGUAGCAAUUUACUUUUUUUAUAGCCAGUUUUACAGGUCAUCCUCCUGCCUCC